AUGAUUCAAAAAGAAAAAAACAAACAAACAAACUCCAGUACUCAAACCUGAGCUCUUAAUCACAUCUCCUUCAUUUCCAGAUUCCAAAGUUCAUAAACUGUAAUUAAUCAAAAUCAUUGAUUAAUUAACCAGUUCAUUAAUCGAUAAAAUGUCGUCAUCGGCGGAUGAGAGGUGGUGCGUGGUGACCGGAGGCAGGGGUUUUGCGGCGAGGCAUUUAGUGGAAAUGCUGAUUAAAUUCGACAUGUUUUUAGUUCGAAUUGCUGAUUUAGAAUCUGCCAUUCGGUUAAGUCCUGAAGAAGAGAAUGGAAUCCUAGGCAAUGCCUUGAAAUCUGGCUCCGCUAAGUAUGUUAGUAUGGAUCUUUGCGACAAAUCUCAGGUUCUUAAAGCUAUUGAAGGAGCUGAGGUAGUGUUUCACAUGGCGGCUCCGAAUUCGUCGAUCAAUAACUACCAGCUUCACUAUGCAGUCAACGUACAAGGGACGAAGAAUGUAAUUGAUGCUUGUGUUGAGCUAAACGUUAAGAGACUUAUCUAUACUAGCUCGGCUAGUGUAGUCUUUGACGGGAUCAAUGGAAUUCUUGACGGAGAUGAAACUUUGCCGUAUGCAGCUAAGCCUCUCGAUUCGUAUUCUGCAACUAAAGCUGAAGGUGAGAUUGCAAUUCUUAAGGCAAAUGGAAACAACGGGCUCCUUACAUGUAGUUUGCGUCCUAGUAGCAUAUUUGGCCCUGGAGAUAGAUUGUUUGUUCCAUCUUUGGCUGCUGCUGCAAAAGCUGGGAAAUCUAAGUUCAUUAUAGGAGAUGGAAAUAAUGUUUAUGAUUUUACAUAUGUUGAAAAUGUGGCACAUUCCCAUAUAUGUGCUGAACGAGCUCUAGCAUCAGGAGGGAAGGUGGCAGAGCAGGCUGCUGGACAGGCAUACUUUAUAACCAACAUGGAGCCCAUAAAGUUCUGGGAGUUUGUCUCACUUAUUGUUGGAGGUCUUGGCUAUGAGAGACCUAGGAUAAAGGUCCCAGCUCUUGCUGUGAUGCCAAUUGCUCAUCUUGUAGAGCAGAUAUAUAAGCUAUUGGGUCCAUAUGGGAUGAAAGUUCCGCAACUGAUACCUUCAAGAAUUAGACUUCUCUCUUGUAGCAGAUCGUUUAAUUGUUCAAAAGCAAAGGAUCGACUUGGCUACACUCCUAUAAUAUCAUUUGAGGAGGGUUUAAAACGAACUCUAGACUCAUAUUCACAUUUGAGAGCUGAGAAUCAGCCCAAAAGAGAAGGACCAUCUAAGGCUCACAAAUGUCUUGGAGGUGGAAGGGUUGCUGAUACACUACUUUGGAAGAAUAAAAAGCAAACGCUGUGCGCUUUGUUAAUUAUGAUGACAAUUUACUACUACUUAGUUGCAUCUCAAUCUACCAUCAUGACUGCACUUGCAAAGCUUCUUAUAGCAGCAGUGGUCUUCUUGUUCGUCCAUGCAAAUUUACCAGAGAAAAUCUUUGGUUAUACAAUCGAAAAACUUCCGGCAUCGUAUUUUCACUUAACAGAGGAGAAGUCUCACCAAGCAGCUCAUUCAGUGGCUUCAUCAUGGAAUGCUGCUGUUAAUGUCUUAAAAUCUCUCUGCAGGGGCAACGACUGGAUUCUGUUCCUUAAGGUUGCUUUGUUGCUAUUGAUUCUGAGCUUCCUUGGAGCAAUUUCGCUUCAGAGUAUAUUUGUUAUAGGACUUCCGGUUGCUUUUGUUGCAUUCUUGGCGUAUGAGACGCAUGAAGAAACAAUUGAUGCAAAGUUUUCGGAACUUGUCUCUUUUGGGUGCAGAUUUAAAUCUGACUUAUCCAAAAAAGUUAUUGGUGCCGAAAAGGACAAGUGACUCUACUAUCCUUAAUUUGCUAAAAAUCAUUUUAUUUUGCUUAUAUGCAAUCUCACUUGUAUGAUUUGAUACAAAAACAAACUAUGUUAUUAAUUUAUUAUCCAUGUCGUUAGGCUAAUUUUAA